UUAAAGGGUUUCGGCCAUGGCUUCAAUCUCGACUUGGUUCCGAUACAUGGCUCACAAGCUCGAGUAUUCCCUCACUCUCAGUCUCAAGAGUCAUAGGAGUAAGAAACUGAGUGACCGGGAACUUAUUCAAAUAAUUUGCAAGAAUCUAUUCUAUGGGAAAAUAACAUACUUACACUCGGAUAAAGGACCAGAAAUGUCACCAACCAUGACAGCAAAUGAAAACACACUUCUUAUUCGUAAGAUACCAAUUGCUAAUACCAGGUUUGUAUUCAUUGGAGAUGCUGUCGUCUUAAAGGACCCAAACGAUUCAGAUAAGUAUCUGGUAAGAAGAUUAGCAGCUGUAGAAGGAUUCGAAAUGGUAUCGGGUGAUGAAAAAGAAGAGCCUUUUGUUCUCGAAAAGGAUCAGUGUUGGGUAACAGCUGAAAACCAGGAGCUCAAAGCUAAGGAAGCAUAUGAUAGCAGAACAUUUGGUCCAGUUUCAACAGCAGAUAUUGUUGGAAGAGCUAUAUAUUGUCUGAGAACAGCCGUCGAUCACGGUCCUGUUCGAAACAGUCACACUGCAAUGGGUCAAGAUUCUCCAAUCCUGGCUGUAGAAUUGGACGUGGACGAGAUGGCUAAAAACCACAAGGCAUAAAGAGACGCACUUUCUUGUGUUUGUUUAUUGUCAAAGCUAAAAUUGCCUCCUUUGAUUCAGAUUUGAGAAAACAAUAAAUCAUUACAACAAUGAUACUAAAAAUCCUAAAUUUUACAGUCCAAAACUAUGUUUGAAACCAGUUUGUUUGUAGACUGAAAUGUAUUCAUGCACUAAAUCUUGAUGGAAUGAAAAGUUUUGUUGCUA